GAGUUGUGAGAGGGUUCCCUGUCCCUUUAAGAAAGAAAACAGCCAUUUUCAGCAGUCUUUUACAUGUGUAAUUAAACCUAGUCUCUUACUUUUCCUAGAAUUGAGACUAAAACGGACAAUAGAAUGUAUACUACAGGACUAAACCCGUUUUAUCCAUCUAAUUUCAGUCUGUGGUCGGCUUAUUGCUCCAGUGGCUUUCCCUUGGAUUCUGUGAAGAAACCUUCAUUUUGCAUCGCUGAUAUAUUACAUGUUGGAGACGCAGAAAACAUACCUGGAUCUUCCGCGAUUGUGGCUCAUUUAGGACCUCAUUCUCAUGUCCAUUCUUCAGGAUCCCCGUUGCGCCCGUCUCCUUUGGCCCCAGAGUCGUCUGUUUUUAGUCCCAGAGUGAGUCCAGCCUCCUCUUUUCACCGACAUCAUGGAAUACACGGAGCCUCUCAUGGUUCGAGGCUGCAGCUGAACUGUUCUCCCCAGCAGGCUCCUGCCCCCGCAAGCAAAGAUCUCAAGUUUGGGAUAGACCGUAUUUUGUCGACAGAAUUUGAUCCCAAAGCAAAGGAAUGCACGACUUUGAGAGAUCUAACAUCCAUCAUUAGCUCCAAUCGUCAGUCGGGUCUCCACGUCUCCUUGCCUUCAGCAAACCACUACUUCGCGUCUCUAGAACCGGGGAUAAGUGACCCUACGUCCAUCAUGAGCUCAGUUGGCUGCGGAUCCCGGCAAUCAGUUCAGCAUCAGUUUCAAGACACUUUUCCAGGUCCAUAUGCGGUUCUUACGAAAGACACAAUGCCGCAGACCUACAAAAGAAAACGCUCCUGGUCAAGAGCUGUAUUUUCCAACCUUCAGAGGAAAGGACUAGAAAAAAGAUUCGAAAUCCAAAAGUAUGUCACCAAACCAGACAGAAAACAACUGGCAGCCAUGCUGGGCCUAACAGAUGCUCAGGUUAAAGUCUGGUUUCAAAACAGAAGAAUGAAAUGGAGACACUCGAAAGAAGCCCAAGCGCAGAAAGACAAGGAGAAGGAGCAGCCCGAUAAGUCACCGGCUUCCGUCGCACAAGACGCAGAGCAGAAGCAGAACGAGUCCGAAUGCGAGAGCGGAGGAAGUGACUCCGAGUUCGAGGACGGUCAGGAUAAGAGUGACAAUGACAUUGCAGAGCACAAUAAAACAAGAGUUAUCAACCCUGGCGCUGUCUCUUUACAUACUGAAGAGGCAUCCUCAAGCAAAGCAAUCACAGAAACGACUGCGUUACUCUCAUCGCAAAUACUGUUGUAAAAAGCACAUUUUUAAAGACACCCUAUAAUAUAACACAAAUUAAUAUAAUUACAUUAACUUCUACAGUUAAGUGUAGAAAGAAAAAAAGACUCGUCAUUUUGACUAAUAUGCAACAGGAAUGAAGAACCCACCCAUUUAGAUUUUUUUUCCCUUUAAACCACCAGCAAUUAGAAUUUGUGGCAUGUUUUUCAUUUAAACAAUUUUACUGACAUUCUGAGCCCUAAGUUUCUGCCACUUCUGUGAAAGGUAUGUCUUCAAGGCAGGUGAUGUUGCAAAAAAAUGUGAAAAUUUGUUAACAUAUGUUGGAAAAACUUCAAACGUUUUCUUUGAAUCUGGGAUUGUACUAUAAUUUGUUAAUAUUUCCUUGCACUGAGAAUAUUGUAAAUAAAAGGUUUCUUAUUGUUUUCA